CGGGCAGAGGUCGUACACUUUCAACACAGAGGCAGCGGCCACGGCCAGGCUCUUGCGUUUGGGACCGAAAAAGUUACACUCUAUGCAGUGCUCCACGCCGGUCGGCGGGUGCAACUCGCGAUAGAUGGCGUACAUGGAGACGCUGUCCUGGAAGGAGGCGGCGGAGGAGCCCAAAGUGCGCUCCAAAUAGAAAUUAAUUUUUCCGCGCCACGUGCAAGUCGACAAGAGAGAGCUAGACUUUCCGCCGGGGGAGACUUGUGGUUGCGCAGCGGCUGCUGCACUGCAAGGGCGGCAGGUUAGAGGGGCCGUAUAACGAGCAACAGGGCUAAACUCUGCGGCAGGUUUGAGCGAAACUUUGCGGUUUUCGGGUGAUAAGUCUUUCACACACCUCCUCGAGUGAGAGAUGGCCGACGAGCAGGCAAUUUGCACUGUGAUCAAGGAACAGUUUGGGGCGGAGGUGGUGUACAAGGAGAGCGAGCUGCGCCACAUCGACGACAGGAUCCAACUCGCAAAGAUGAUGCUCCACCGUCUGCGGCUGGGAAUCCUAGCCCAACAGUACGGACUCUCGGGAUUCUAUCUCAUGGAGGACUACAGCAAGGAGAACGUUGGGCUCCAGGUCAGCUGGAAUAGCUUCGAGGGCGACUUCCUCAAUUCACAGAGGCAAGAAGAGGAGCACAAGAAGGACGGAGAGGAGGUUGGGAGUUCGGAGGAAAAGAGGGAGGCGGGAGAGAAGGGGUUAUUAGGGGGCAAACGAGAGGGGUACACUCCUGAAAUCGAGAGCACCACCCCCGCGGAAGGAUCCAGCAUUCAGAGCAGUCAGGUGCCGUCUGAAGUAAGUGAAGAGGACACUGCUGACACGACACAGCUACCUGAGCUUGCGGUGGGCAGAAAGGUGUCCUCUCUCCUGAACGACUUGCGGAAGCAUUCCCCAGGUUCACACAGUAUUGCAUCUAGUGCCUCGUCGACAGCAGUGGGUGCUGGGAACAGUACAGGCGUUGAAGGAAGAGGAGGUAGCAUUGUAUGCGAGGAACCACCCGCCAGCCUCUCGCGAUUUGCGAUCAAGAAACGACUGAUAGUUGGAAACACCUCGCAGUUUCUGGAUCCAAGUGCUCGCAGCACCAUCGAUGGCUCCACCCACAAAUGGAUGGUGUACGUUCGAGGCCCCGGGAAGCAAGCUGACAUCAGCUCAUUUGUGAAGGCCGUUCGCUUCUUUCUCCACCCCAGCUAUCACCCAAACGACAUCAUUCGUGUCUCGAAGCCUCCGUUUCACCUGACUCGGUACGGAUGGGGGGAAUUCCCUGUGAGAGUUCAGCUGGAGUUCACCGACAAAGUCAACAAGCACGUGGACAUCAUUCACAAACUGGUCCUGGACAGAACGCACACCGGACACCAGACACUAGGCUCAGAGACUGUCGUGGAUUUGGAUCUAGUCACCACGGAGGCUCCAUCUCCAUCAGUCAGCGGAGACGACAGAGCUGGACCAAGAAACAAUUCAGUAGCGCACCCAUUCAGUGCAUCGUCGCACAGCAGUGAGAAGAAACACAGAGAGUCUGAAGCGACUGCACCAGAGGGAGAGAUGGAUUCCCGACACAUUCACCACGUCUUCCUACCUGCCACGUCGACUGUGGACCAAGUCCUAUUGGACCACAGCUACUCACAGAUUGUCGUCGUCUCUCGCCGAUCGAGGCCCCUGCAAUUAACCACCGCAGACGAAGAAGCCAUGGGUACGUGCGACCUAAACACCAGAACCACACUGGAGUCGGGUGUCGAAACUGACCAUGAGACGCUCCUGGAUGACCUAUUGCACUCUAUCGUGAAAACCGCCCCUCUGUGUGGGCCCGAGUCGAGCGGGUUCCAUCUCGUCGCUCCGUCAAUUGAGGUAUUCAAGAGAUGGAACAUUGGUCGGCGACGAGCCUCUGAGUGGAUGAGAGCCGUCGCAAUGAAGAGAGUGAUCCGCUCGCUGGAACCUCCUGUCCCCCAGGCCAGCUCCCUCACCACCAAGCAGGUGAUGGAGUGGUGUCGGAGAAACGGGUACACUCCCCUGGACCCGGUACCGCAGUCAAGUAGAGGUUUCUGCAAGUACUGCGGCUGCCAGUUGCCCACCUGCUGGGAGGAGACGGAGCAAAGAGAGAGAAUCUCGCACUCGCGAUGCGCUGACAAGAUGGAGGUCCAAUCGGAGGAAGAAGACAGGGGCAGAGGGGAGGGUUACAGCGACAGUGACAGUGACAGCGAGCCAAUGCAGGAGGAGGAGGAGGAGGAGGAGAGAGGAGACGGACAGAGAACAAUCCAACGAGCUACAACCGCCAGAAUCGGGCAGCGCUUUUCGACGCUUUCGGAUCCUUUCCGGUUGUUUGAGUCGCUGGCAUCAAAGGCCAGAAAGCUGCGUGUGUUGCAGGCACAGCAGGCCCGAGACCAAAUGGUAGACGUCCUCUCUGUACCGUCGCAGCGACACCAGGUGGGCGAACCUGUCCCCCGAUUCCGUGUACCGCAGACUCCGGAACUGAAGUGGGUCCAGCGAACUGCAGCGGCCAUCGGGAUCCGCAUAUAUCCGGCAGUCAUCGACCGGAUGUACGCCCACGUUGUGGAGCACAUGAUCUACAUGGCGUGCACCAAGUUUGCGCGUGUCGUCAUGGACCGUGCCGUGACGGAAUCGGCCCAGGAGGUCGAGGGUGACUCGAAUGACGAGAGGUGUAUUGUCCCCCUACACAUCUACCGUGCAGUGGAGGGCUUGGACUGUUGUGAUUUCCUGACAAAUGCCUACAUGGGUGUCCCUCUGGCUGAUCACGACUCAUCUGCAGCUAAUAACAAACCACCAUCAACUACCGAUAGAGAUAGGACAUAUAGGGAUGAAUGAUUUUCUUUCUGCCUCGCUGUUCUCUUUCACCUGAUUCUAAUUUCUUUCUAAAGACGUGUAUUAUACAUUUUUUCAAGCAAGCAUGAUAUUUUUUCCAUUUACCCUCUGAUGCAUGAAUGCAUUACUUGAUGAUUCGAUGUACCGUA